UCAUGGAAGGACAGACCCCUGCACGGAUGCAUUGCAGGCUGUUGCUGACUGUGUGACAAACACGUAACAGAGAGGAGACAUGAAAGCUGUGGUUGGACUGCUGGUGCUGCUGGUCAGAGUUUCUCAUGGUGUGGAAACUUACUGUGAUGGCAGACAGGAUGGAGCUCAGUGUUUUGGAGUUUUGGGAGGAAGUGUAGACAUACAGCUGAUGAACGGAACCUCAGAAAUACCUAAAUACCAAUAUUUAAAGAAUUCAUUAGUACUACUACAUGUGUCAGCCAAACAUGUUCUGUCUAAUACCAUAGGACACAGAUCUCUCAUUUCCCCCAGUAAUGGAACAUUUAGGAUCAAUAACUUGAGCAGGAAUGACAGUGGUGAUUAUACCCUUCAAACCUUUGAUUCAGAUGCACGAUCAACAGGCAAGCGGACUUUACACUUGUUUAUUCAAGCUCCUGUGUCCUCUGUCCUGCUGGUCUCUGAGUGUCUGUCCCAGGGAGAGAGGAGGGUGUCCUGCUCCUCUGAGGGAGGGGACAGUCCUCAGUACAGCUGGACUCUGGAUGGACGCACACUGACAGAUGCUGAGCUCUUUUCUGAAAAUAAUGAGACUAACAUCAUCACUCUGAAACAGCACGUCUCAGGACGUCUGGUCUGCUCAGUCAGGAACAACGUCAGUAAUGUCUCCAAAGAGGAGAUGAUAUCCACCUGUGGCUUCAUUUUCAUUAACUGCACUUCAGUCAAUGGGACACAGAUAUCAGGGUGGGUGCAUGCAGCCAAUAUAACCUUGUGUAUUAAACCAACAACACAACCAACACGAGACCCUACCAUGAUCACGCAAACUGCUGUGACUGAAGGGACUGACAGAGUGCCAAUUGAAAAGCCAACUGAUAUCCUCAGUCCACCUUUCAGCAGGUCUCAGCUGUGGUACAUUACGCUCCUAAUUUUAUUAGUUGUGGGUGUAGCAGUCAUCUGGGCUCAGAGGAAAAAGCAAAACAACAAACCUACAAAACAAAAAGAUGAAGAAGAUGAUGAGGAAGUAACCUACGCUGAUGUCAGGUUCAUGAAACACCGGGAGAAGGAAAUGGAGCAAAAGUCUGAGGAGGAGGUGGAGGUGGAGUAUGGCCAGGUCAAGUUUUCAAAGCGACCUCUGUACACUGAACCUACAGAAGAUGACUGUUUGUAUGCCAAUGUUAAAAAAUCAGAUGAUUUGAGUAAUCAGUGUUUUUAUACAUACUGCACAACAGAGUGAGAAAGUAUGUCAAGAUGCUUCAGGUGAUUUCCAUUCAGAAAAAUACCAACCAUCAAAGCUCAUAUAUAUUGAUUUAUGGAUCUUCUUUACUUUCACUGCACUUCUCUAUCACAACAGAACAUCAGUACAUCUAUUGGAUCUUAUAUUUGUUUUGUCACCAAAAUAUUUGUGUCCCACUUGUGAAUAACUAUUCUGCCACUUGGUGUUCCCACAGUACAAUCAUCCUGUACCCUGUACCCAGAUGACUUUUGAUCUGAUUUCUUUAUAGUCGUUAACGAAAAAGUGGGAAAGCGCAAAAUACAUGUAUCUGACAUAUAUCAUUUGUGUGAGA